AUGCGAAAGCAGCGAGAUACAAGGGGAAAACACGAGGGGUUUCAGUUUUUUUGGGCAAAAAGAAUGCAAGAUUACAGGGAAACUACUCCAACAAUAACAACACUUCUGGUGGCUGAUGGGAUGAAAAGGUUACAUGGUCUAGAUAAGGAGGGAAAAGAAAUCUCUGUGGGUUUGAACACUGCAAUAACUGAGAAAAUCAUCCGAGAUCAAGAGAGUGUUCGAUGGGCCCAAACCAACAACGCAACUCUGGAGAGAAAUCAUGCAGACUAA